AUAGACUAAAAACCAUAAGUUGUUUAAAAUUUAUUGACAAGCAACUUUUACUUGAUCACUUCAGAAAAAUCUUCGUGCAACAAAUAAAAUUAAAAAAUGUGAUAGAAACUAGCAAAAUUAACCCAAACAACACUGUGCUGGUGUUUGCGCUUAUCUAUUUAUUCCGGAUAUUAAGUAAAAUGUCUGGCACCAUAAUUUAUGCACAAAUUUUCUAGUAUUCGAAAUAUAAUGGAUGCAUCGGCAUCAACAAAAACUGAUGCCGAUAAAAAUGCUGUGUACGAUUUCUAUUUGAAAAUAGAUGGGCACAAUUAUCCCACGCAAUUAAAACAAAAGAAUACUGUAACAAAGUAUACCAAGCUUCCAGAAUUCGAGUUUGACUCUAAAGUGUCAUGGCCACCACACAGUUACACAUUGCAUCCGCGGCUGCGACGCAUAAUAGCUCUUGAUGAUGAUGAGUUACUAAGAACAAAUAGGUCUUUGAUGCACAACCCUACCACACCAUCUCCGAUAAUGGCGUCAACAAAUUUCACCAAAAGGAAAAUCGUCACAAUAACAGAAGAUGAUGAAAAUGAUCUGCAUCCAAAAUUUUUGAAAGUAAAAAGAUUGCCUGUGAAAACUUCAAACAGAUCGGUGGAAGCAGAUUUUAAGGAUAAACAGCUUUCCCAUAGAACCACAUCAAGAUUAUCAGGUUCUCCAAAAUGUCCCAAGGAGAUAAAAACUAGUGCCAAAACAAACAGUGCAAAUAUUAAGAAAGAAGUGACUGUGCCUCCACAUAAUCCUCGAGGCAAAAAUCCUACAUCUAUUAUAUCAGAAAAUAAUAAAAUAAAAAAUGUGAAAGAUAAGGAAAAAGAACCAUUGCGGACCUCAAGAAGUUUGAAUCCCCCAUCAAAAAUUAGCAUAAGCAAAAAUUUAGUAGUACCAAGUGAAAGUGAGAAAGAGUUAUCAAAAAUUAAACACAUCUUAUAUGAUAAUCUAAAAAGUAAAUCAGCUACAUACAAAAAGCCUACGGAAAAGCCUAAACAUAACAAAUUACCACAUGUGCAGAACAAACCUAAGGUACCAUUAAUGAAAGAAAUUCAAAACAAAGGUCGACCCCUUACAGUGAUACAUGUUCCAAUCGAAGAUAAUUAUCGAAGGAACGUACACACUUUGACUGAUCCUCUUGUGGAGCCCACUGUAACCACUGUAGACUGUGCGAGUUACACGGAUAAUUCCAUCCACUACAAAGAUGCAGAAGUGGCCACUGACCCACUGCCGACAUCGGUAAGCCGAAUUACAGAAAUGGAAGGUUUGGCAAUCAAUGCCAUCUCAAUGUGCGAAAGCACUAUGCAAACUGAUCUGAGAAAGGAAAUGUUCGAUAGCCUCGAAAUACCAAAUGUAACAUUAACAAAGGAUAAGUGCGAACCCAAAGAGGAUCCUAGUAACUUUAACACUACGUCAUUGCCAAAUCUCAAUGUGCCGCAUUUAAAAAUAGUCCCUAGUAACGCAGACGUUACUUCUAGUGAUUUAAGUUUUUGUCAAGGUGCCUCUUAUAUAAUUAGACGUGCUACGGUAACGUACACUACUAGACAAAAGUUUAAUAUCCAAUUAGUUGGUAAUGAUGAUGACGUUAGACCUACUACUCCGUUGCCUAGUCCAUUAAAUUACCCCAUGAGUGUUGUGUCUGUGUUCAAGAAUGAAUUGAAAGAUAAGAACGCUGAAGAAAACGAAUCGUCAGACGAUUCGCACAAAAAAAAGACCACUGCUAGAGAGGAAUACCUAAACUGUUUGAACGAUUUGAAGUCUCUUAAUUGUUCUUACGUCUUUAAUAAAUUGAUGAAACCAUCUGAUAUAAUUAGCACAAUAAGAGUUAACAACGGCUUAUUGCAGAGCGAUUAUAUUUGCGAACAGUUCCAGAGGGAGCUAAACUUCAUAGAUUCGUUCUUUGAAUCGCUACAAUAUUUGGAAAGUUGUUCGCUGGCCGGUAAAUGUUACUCAGAAAACAAAGUAGAAAAUUUUGUCAACAACUCUGUGCUGUUUGACUCAACCUUCGACGCGAAGAAUUCGGAAUACGACAAUUUCUUGUCGAAGAUUGAAAAUGGCGCGAAUAUUGACGACAGCGAAACAAUAGCAUCCAAGAGUCUUUGUCUGCUUAAUUUACUCAUUCGCGAUGAGCAAAGACGAGCAAGAAACCUUUUAUUUGUAUUGAAGAUGCGAGAGGAUGCCUUGAAAGAUUUUACUAAGUCUCAAAUUCUUUGGUUGGAGAAGAAGAAGAAGCACGAUAACACGGACAUAUCGACGCUGAAGAAGAAACAGCGCGGUGCACUGCUCAAGCUGCAGCACGAGUGCGGGGAGAUGCAGCGCAUGAGGAAGGCUCUGCUCACGCUCUCCGAGAAGCGCAAAGUGGCACUUAUGAAAACCAAGAAGAAUAUUGAACUCAAACUCAAAAACAACGUUGAUGUAGAACAGAUCAUACUUGGCAAGAAAAAGUUAAAGAGGAGCACAUUUGACAGGAACGCUGCACCUCUCAAAUGCUUUGAUUUAUCGAGUAGUGGAUGCGAAGAGAGCACUACUUCAAGGGGGAAUUCGGAACCGGUAAUCAAUCCCGUCGCUUGUGAAGAGGUGGCCGCGCCCAUGGGGAGCGGCACCAGCGUCACAAGUGCUGAGAAGUGCGUGCAGACCUCGAGUGACGUCACCACGCCUGAGCUCGUCGACCACGCCACCGACACUGCCGACGAAAACUUCGUAGUCGUCGACGGCGGAUACCUCAACAUACUAUUUCAUAACUUGACAUUACCACAGAUUUUCAGCAACGGCAAACAGUAUGAGGUGAACGAGGAGGCAUUGAAAAACAUCGUCAGUUCAUCCAAUCAUCACAACGCUAACCUGAGUGGUAGUGACGUCGUCGAGAAACUCAUGGAUCAGAUAAAAAAUAAAGACUCGGACAAAUCUUCUAGUUCUCCAUCGACCGCUCGGAGUCUUAUUGAUGAAUUUGAUCAAUACUAUAAAGACCUGCAGGAAGUAGAUAAAUCGCGCCCCUGCUCGCCAGACCCUGACCUUCAUCAGUCGAGCAAGGUUUAUGAAAUCAAAGACUCGAGUGUACAGUCAGUGGAAAUUAGGUCAGAGCAGUUGGAGGAGCGAUGCAGUCAGACCAUGUCGAAGUCGACGUUAAAGGCCGAAAGUUCUAGUCUCAUAGAGGAGAAGGUAAAAGAAAUAGAAGAGGCAUGUGUUUGCGAGUCGGCGGUUCCAGAGGAUAGUGAUUUACCGUUAGAUAAGGAGUCGGCAACUAGUCAAACCCUGACGGGACCACUGCCGGUGCCCGUCGGGGCUGCCGCCGUCGUGGACAGCGCACCGCCAGAUGCUCCUACUUGGUUAACUUCAAAAUCUUCAGCAUCCUCUGCUUCAGAAUCAAACAGCGUGAGUAGUCAGCCAGUUGGGAACGGGUCGUCCAUAUCUUCGCUCACGGCGCCCGUUCACGUUGAAGCAGAGGAAUUGCGCAGGCAGCAGCUAGAGAUAGAAAGAGAAAUAAAGGCUUUAGAACAACAGCAAUGUCGGCUGCUAGUUGUGCGAGAGAUUCCUGACAAGCCCCCACCGCCAUAUACUCCGCCUACGACAGAAACGCGAGCUCCGAAACCUCCGCGCAUGUUCACUCCCGAUGAACGCAUACACGAUAAAGUUGAGAAACACAUAACAGACCCUGAGGGAACAUACUGUGAUGAAACCGAUGCCUUCGAUGUGCUGGUACAAGAUUACUGCCGCGAGUCACUCGAGAGGCAUAAACAAGAUAAGAGCGAUAAGCCUUGGGAUGCGUGCAACUUAUUGCCACAGAAACCUCAGGUGCAAAUGCAGGAUCUAGUGCGUAAAACCACUACGGAACUCAAGGAGGUUUUAACUGGUGUUACGCCCGCAGCUGUGUCUGGAGUGUCAAGCCGGCGAUCGGACCACAUCGACGACAUACUAUUCGCUGAGUGGCGUCGCUGCGAGCCCGAGUGGACUGCGCUGCACACCGAUGAGGCUAUAGUUAAGAAUCAGAUAUUCGAGAGCAUCUUCCAGAAAAUUCUCACCGACACCAUAGACGAAUACAAAAAAACUGUGCAGUGCGAAGUACUCACUCCAGACUAAACUAUUUGGGUACAUCCCUGUUGGCUAGCUUUGGCAAAUCAUGAAACAAAUCUAUUUACGUCAAUUCCACUCAUUAUGUUAAACAAAAUGUUUAUGUAAAUAUUUAUGCUUAGCGCAAUUAUUCGUGUUGUGUAGAAAUGAUAGUUAUCUAUUUGGGUACAUUUUAUGUAUAGUACUUUUCUAUUUAUUGAAACGGUUUCAAAACUUGACUAGGCAAGAAAUUAAAAAAAAAGGGAAAUAUUUCUUACUUUUCUGUAAUUCAUUGUUUUAUUACAGAUGAAAGUGCGUUGUAACUUUUUAAUUUCUUGAGCUUCUCUUCUUGAACCAACUGUAUGUUGUAUGUAACAGGUUCAUUUAUUUAGAAUCCAAUCCUAGAUGCAUGCGUUAGUAGAUUGAAGUAAUAUUCCAAGUAACAUAGAUUAAGGUAUAUCCAUAAAAUACGUGAAAUAUUUCCAACAAAAAUAUUCCGAACGCUCCUUUGGUAAACGCAUUUUUGGUGAAGUAAAAAAAUUACCUUUUAUGUUGUAAUAUUAUGUGUACAGAAUAUAAUUAACGUAUGCAAAAGGUUUAUUGUUAUCAUAUAACACACCGAACAGCUCAUACGAGUCUUAAUUACUAGGAGUAAGGUAAGUUUCAGUUAAUUUCACCUUUUCUAUAUGUGAUCUGUAAUAGCCUUAAUAAAAAUAGAAAUUAUUGUUGGCUAUAGCCGAAAGAUUUAAAAAAAGUACGCAAAACUGGAAUUUUGUGCAAAAGUGCAAAAUAAACAUUUGAAAUGUAAAACUU